AUGGCCCAAUAUGCCGUGCCGCCCGCGUCCAACUUGAGCCCGACGUCCUCCGACACCCCCUCGGCCGCCGUCGCCGCCUCGGCCCAGUCGCAGUCUCAGUCUGGCCCACCCGGUGCGCCCCAGCAUAAACGCGUCUACCAGGCCUGCAUCCCGUGUCGCCGGAGAAAGGUCCGUUGCGACCUGGGCAGCGUCGACAACCCCCACGACCCGCCCUGUGUGCGAUGUCGCCGCGAGAGCAAGGAGUGCUUUUUCAGCGCCACCCGGCGCAAGCGCAAGGCCGAGGACGGCGACGAUGCCUACCCCGAAGACGUCGACGACUACAUCGUUCGCAAUGGCCGUAAGCGCCUCCAGGUCAGCGGCAGCCCGCCCGUCGUCAUCGACCGCCGACUCUACAGCGAGGUGCCCCUGACUCCGGGAGGCUCCAUCGGCCGGAACCAGCCUCUGCGCCGCCCCAACGACACCGGCACCUCCGUCGGCGGCACCCCGAGCACCACGAGCCAGCCCGACAGUCGCCCGCGCGCCGACUACGCCAUCGACGACGAACCCAAUGCCCGCGUCGAGAACCGCGAGGCCCAGGACCUCAUGCGGCCCGGCGUCUACGGACCCCACGAUGCGUUGGACCUGCUUUACAAGGCGGCCACCGAUAGGUCAGUCCAGCUCCGCCAUGCCCAGGACGCAGCUGCUUACCACCUCCCGGCCUACAGCCCUGCGACCACCAACACCCACAAGCGUCACGAGAGCGUUGCUUCCAUACCCGCCAUGCCCCAGCAGCCCCUCAUCGUCACACCUGGCGCCACCAUGAAGCCCGUCGCCGAUGCCCGUCCGCCCAUCCCGGUCAAACUCGAAACGCAGCCCAUCGACCCGGAGCUGACGAGGCGUGAUCUGUCUGGCGAGCCUGGCUACCAGGACGCCAUCAAGGCCUGGGGAAGGUUCAGGUUCGUCAGAGCUGGCUGGUUCACUGCGCAGGAGGCUAUUGAGUAUAUCGACUACUACUACGAAUAUCUGUCUCCGCUUACACCAAUCUCACCCCCGACCUUCCGUAACCCUGCAUCACACAUCACCCUGUUGACGGAGGAGCCCAUCCUUACCAUCACUCUCCUCACCAUCUCAUCGAGAUAUCGCAAGAUUCCCGGGACCGGUGGCCACUGCAGGUCCCACGCCAUCCACGAACAGCUCUGGACAUACCUUCGCGGCAUGAUUGAGAGAUGCCUGUGGGGCCAAGAGGCCUUUGGGGGCGGUUUCGCCGCCAUGGCCGGAGCGUCGUCUCUUCCUGACGACCAGACGAGUAGCACGGCGCCCUGGCGAGGAAUGAGGAAAGGAAGUCUGCGGACGCUGGGGACCAUCGAGUCCUUGAUGAUUCUCACAGAGUGGCACCCUCGUGCCCUUCACUUCCCGCCAGCCGAGGCCAUCGAUGAGCUCAUGCUCCCCUCGUAUGAAGGCAGCGACCUGAUCAGCACUGACGAGAACGGCAACCAACGACCGCCCGCCAACAUUGGCGGCAAGAGGCUCGACAGUUGGCUCGAGCCUGCCUGGAGGAGUGACAGGAUGUGCUGGAUGCUGCUCAGCACCGCCAUGGGCCUCGCGUACGAGCUUGGCGUAUUUGACGACAUUGAUGAGAUGUUGCGCGACGGUGCCAUCUCGCGCCCAGAGUACGAGGAAGAGGUGUACCGCCAACGGGCGUACCGCAUCAAGCGCCUGUUGCUGAUCUACCUGACCCAGCUGGCCGGUCGCCUCGGAUGGACGAGCAUGGUGCCCGAGACCCUUCGCAAGAGUGACCCGGCCGUGACCCGUCGCCGGCCAACAUCGACCGAAGGCACGACGCCAGGCACCAACCCGUCGUCCAUGUCCAAUGCCUUCAACUAUAUCCCCGACCUCGAGCUGGACGAUCAAAUAAUACACUGCUGGGCCGGAAUCAGCAACGCUAUGCACAUUGGAAACGAGAAGCUGUUCAGGUCGCGCAAGCACACUACCGACAUCAUCCAGAGCGGCAAAUACACGGAGAUGCUGAAGGAUUUCCAGCCGUUGCUUCAGGACUGGUGGAAGGAGUUUGAGCGCUACAGGCUGCCCCCUUACAUCAGACACAUACUGACCAUCGAGUACGAGUACGUGCGCAUCUACGUCAACUCAUUAUCACUGCAAGCCGUUGUCGAGCGGUGUACCAACAACGCCGGCCACACCGCCCAUGGCAACCACAAUGCCGGGAGCGCAGCGCAGCUAUCACCCCAAACCCAAAACUACUUUGGCAAGCUGCCCCUCGGCCAGCUGGGUGGCUUUGGCGCAAGCGAUCAAGAGUACAUCAAGGAGGUCAUCAGCGGCUGCCGGAACCUGCUCCGUACCGUCGUGGAGGGCCUCCUCCCGGGCGACUACCUCAAACACGCACCCGUGCGGACCUACUUCCGCAUCAUCAGCGGAGCCAUGUUCCUUCUCAAGACGUUCGCCCUGGGUGCCCCGCGGUCGGACGUCAAGCUCAGCAUUGACUUGAUGGACGAGACGGUCAAGGCCCUCCGCAACUGCAUCGUCGAUGAUGUUCACUUGGGCAUCCGUUUCGCUGACCUGCUGGAUUCCCUGACCAGCCGACUUCGCAACCGCUUCAUCCAGGCCCCCGCUCUGGGCCAGGUUGGUUCAGCGGAUGGAAGGAGUCCAGACCCGCAUGCCGCUGUCAAUGGUGCCUCUGCUGCCGCCCACAGCCAACAAGCCAACGGCGGCGACGGCCAGGCCUGGAACAACCACGCCACGAAGCUGCGGGAUGGGCUCAAUGCACACGGUAAGCCUCCUCCACACCGUCUCUUCCCGCCGUCCAAGGUAACACCAACUCACGUGGGUGCACUAGAAGAUCCCACCAACAUUUCCGCAACGCCCUUCGAUCUUAGCACGGGUACUUUCCCCUACCCGUCAGGAACGGCCUCGGUUCUGGGACCCUCCACGCCAGCGGCACCGCCUGAGAACGGCGGCGUCGGUGGAAACGGCAACGGCAACGGCAACAACGCCUCAUCCUCGACGACAGGCAUGGACGGCCUCUUCGACUCGACGGACUGGAACAACCCGGGCAACGAGAUGUGGUAUCUACCGCCCGGCCCGGCCUUUUUCCAGAACAUGGAUAACACGGCCGUCGCCAUGACCGCCGAGGGCGUCAAUGUCGGUGGCCUCGAUCUGCUCGAAUACAUGGCCAUGGACACAGGGUUCCCCGUCAUGGACGGGCCCUCUUCGUACCCCUGA